GGUACACUCUCAAUGUGCUGUUUCCUUUGCCUGCUGCUUUUGCAGGCCACAGCAGAAGAAGAAGAUUUUGCUCCCGUCCUCAGAGACAGAGCUCACAUUGACGAGACACUGCGACUUGCAACUGAGGAAAAAGCAGCAGACUAUGCAGCUGCUCUACAGAGGUUGCGGAAGAUCUACCACACAUCCAUCAAGCCGAUGGAGCAGACCUACAAGUACAAUGAACUGAGGCAGCAUGAGAUCUCAGAUGGAGAGAUUACCUCCAAGCCCAUGGUGCUGUUCCUGGGACCCUGGAGUGUAGGAAAGUCCUCCAUGAUCAAUUACCUCCUGGGCUUGAACGACAGCCCUUAUCAGCUCUACACAGGAGCUGAGCCUACUACCUCUGAGUUCACUGUUAUUAUGCACGGUGAGAAGAUCCGCUCUGUUGAAGGUAUAGUUAUGGCAGCAGACAGCUCUCGCUCCUUUUCUCCCCUGGAGAAGUUUGGCCAAAACUUCCUAGAAAAGCUGAUUGGUGUUGAGAUGCCCCAUAAGCUGCUAGAACGUGUAACCUUUGUGGACACACCUGGAAUCAUUGAGAACCGCAAGCAGCAGGAGAGAGGCUAUCCUUUUAAUGAUGUUUGCCAGUGGUUCAUUGACCGUGCUGACCUGAUCUUCGUGGUAUUUGACCCAACCAAGCUGGAUGUUGGCCUGGAGUUGGAAAUGCUUUUCCGGCAGUUGAAGGGUCGCGAGUCCCAGAUUCGCAUCAUCCUCAACAAAGCUGACAGCCUGGCCACUCAGGAUUUAAUGAGAGUCUACGGUGCCCUCUUUUGGAGCUUGGCACCUCUGAUCAACGUGACUGAACCUCCUCGUGUCUAUGUCAGCUCCUUUUGGCCAUACGAGUAUGAACCCGACACCAGCCGUGACCUCUUCAAGCGAGAGGAGAUCUCCCUCCUGGAAGAUCUGAACCAGGUGAUUGAAAACCGCAUGGAGAACAAGAUUGCAUUCAUCCGCCAGCAUGGCAUCCGUGUACGCAUCCAUGGCUUGCUGGUGGACCGCUAUGUUCAGACUUUUAAAGAGAAGAUGAGCUUCUUCAGCGACCCUGAACUAGUCUUCCAGGAGAUUGUGGAUGACCCAGACAAGUUCUACAUUUUCAAAUCGAUCCUAGCCAAGACUAAUGUCAGUAAAUUUGACCUGCCUAACCGCGAUGCUUACCGUGACUUCUUUGGCAUCAACCCAAUCACCAACUUCAAGCCCCUGUCAUCUCAGUGCUCCUACAUUGGGGGCUGUCUGCUGGAUAACAUUGAGAGGGCAAUCACCAAUGAACUGCCUGCCCUUCUGAGCAGCAUUAACUCUGGCAAGCAGCCGGGUCUGUCCUCUUGUGAGGCUACCGGCUGUGGUGAGAAGCCAAAGAAUCGCUAUCGGAAGAACUGA